AUGAUCGAGUCUUUCAUCAAUAUCGCCUACUACGUCUCGACGGCUCUCACGCUCUCCCUCCUAUUGUUACCGUCGCAAUAUGACCACAAACAGCGCAAGGAGAGGGCUCCUACUGACCCGAAAACAUCGGUACAAAUUUUAGUCCUGGGAGAUAUCGGGCGCAGUCCGCGCAUGCAAUACCAUGCACUGAGCAUUGCCCGCGGUGGAGGCCGAGUAGAGAUAAUCGGAUACCAAGAAUCCGAAGUUCACCCCGACAUCGUCUCCGAUUCUAGAAUCUCCAUCGUCGCCCUCCCUCCCCAUCCGUCCAUUCUACAAACAAGCAACAAGCUUCUGUUCCUGGCCUUCGGUCCGCUGAAGGUCCUAUUUCAAGUGAUCUGUUUAUGGUGGACAUUAUGUUAUCGUACAAAGCCGGUGAAAUGGCUUCUUGUUCAGAAUCCUCCGUCCAUUCCCUCCCUCGCGAUCGCCUCCGUUACCUGCUCACUGCGAAACACCGAUCUGGUCAUCGACUGGCAUAAUUUUGGAUAUAGCAUCCUGGCGUUGAAACUUGGAGACAACCACCCGCUCGUACGGUUCUCUAAGUGGUAUGAGAAGACGUUCUGCAGGUAUGCCACGGCGCACCUGUGUGUGACGAAAGCGAUGGCCUCGGUUUUGAAGAAUGAGUUCGGAUUGAAGGCCCCAAUCCUGCCGCUUCACGACCGCCCGGCUAGACACCUACAACCCAUUGAGGACGAAAACGCGCGACAGGAGUUCCUCCUCUCGCUACCCGAAGCUUCUUCCGUACAGCCAUUGAUUAAGUCGAAAGAGCUCCGUGUUCUCGUCAGCUCGACAUCGUGGACACCGGACGAGGAUUUCUCGCUUCUUAUCGAUGCCCUGUGUCGGUAUUCGGAGAUUGCAACUUCCUCGAAGCCCCAUUUACCCACCGUGCUGGCCAUCAUAACGGGUAAAGGCCCGCAGAAGGAAAUGUACUUGAAACAGAUCUCUCAGCUUGAAGAGGCUGGGAAAUUACACAAGGUCACCAUUCGUACUGCAUGGCUCAGUACGACCGGGUAUGCCCGCCUCCUGGCGUCCACGUCCUUGGGCGUCAGUUUGCAUACGAGUAGCAGUGGCGUGGAUCUGCCAAUGAAGGUUGUCGAUAUGUUUGGGGCUGGUUUGCCGGUCGUGGGCUGGAAUCGGUUUGAAGCGUGGCCGGAACUUGUGACUGAGGGCGUAAAUGGGAGGGGCUUCGGAAGCUCCUCGGAGCUUGUGGAACAGCUUGUAGAUCUUUUUGAAAACCCCGGUAACCUCGAAAAUCUAAAGGCGGGUGCGCGUAAGGAAAGCACCCGUCGCUGGGAAGACGAGUGGGAUCCUGUGGCUGGGAAGCUGUUUGGGUUGACAUCGUGA